AGUUAGAUUUCGUCUUCAAAUUGUCUGACUUUUAUUUUGAAUAGGCUGGAUGCUUUGGCGGUAGUUUUUCGUACAGUAAUACAAUAACAUUUUCCGGUAGUGAUUCAUUCUCUUACUUCUCGCAGCCACCUCACAGCUACAGCCUUCCACCAUGACCAGUUCCCCGUGCAUGCUUCUUAAAGCCUUGGAUGAAUUAGUGGAUGAUGAUUUGAGAAGAUUUGUGUAUCUUCUUAGUAACCCACCAGAGGGAUUCCAAUGUAUUCCAAAGGGAAAGGUGCACCAAAAACCAAAAGAAAAAGUGGUUGACGAAAUGAUCGAAAUAUAUGGGGAACAGCGUGCUCUUCAAGCCACUAUAGCCAUUUUGAAAAAAAUGUAUAAAAAUAAUCUAGCUAGUAAAUUAACAGAAGAAAUGAAACGGGAAAAGCCUGAUCCCAAUGCUGUGCCUUUAAAGAAGCAGAAACUGGCCAAUGCACCAAGCCAGACGUGUAAACCAGCCAAAGUACAAAAUGCAUCAGACAAAGGGCAAGAUCGUCACAGUGUCAUAACAAGACAUAAAGACUGGCUAAAGGAUCAAAAUCGUUUCAUAGUCGAAGAGACUGCUAAAGAUAAGCACAGGAUUCCACUUAAUGACAUUUACACAGAUCUCAUUAUUACAAAAGGAGAGUGUGAAACUCGUAAUAAUGAGCAUGAAGUUUUGAUGACUGAGAAUUCACAAUUUUCAGACAAGACCAGAAUCAACUGCAGUGACCUCUUCGGUCGGAAUGAAAAAGAAAUCAAAACUGUUCUUACGAAGGGUGUUGCCGGCAUUGGAAAAACAGUGUCUGUGCAGAAAUUCAUCCUUGACUGGGCCGAGAAUAAAUCUAAUCAAGAUGUUAUGUUUCUGUUUCUACUUCCAUUUCGUCGGCUGAACCUGAUUAAAGAUGAAUAUCGUAGUCUUCAUCAACUUUUGGUUUACAUGCAUCCCAAACUUGAAGGCUGUCACUCAAGCAUGUAUGUCGACGAGAAAAUGUUAUUCAUAUUUGAUGGCCUUGAGGAGAGUAGAAUUCAAAUGAAUUUUAGACAAACAUCAAGCAUUAAUUGUGUUAACACCAAAGCCACAGUGGAAGCCUUAAUUAUAAACCUCAUCAGCGGAGAGCUACUCCCUUCUGCUCUUAUAUGGAUAACUUCUCGACCAGCAGCAGCCAAUCAGAUACCCUCUCGUUACAUUAACCUUGUGACAGAAAUUCAGGGAUUCAAUGACUCCCAAAAGGAGCAGUACUUUAGAAAAAGGGUGACUGAUGAGGACAAAGCCAGCAGAAUCAUCUCGCACCUUAGGAAAGCAAGGACUCUUCACAUUAUGUGCCACAUUCCAGUCUUUUGUUGGAUUUCAGUUACUGCUCUUCAGCCUUGGCUUUCCCAUGAGUGCAAAGGAGAAAUCCCCACAACACUGACUGAAAUGUACUCUCACUUUUUACUCGUUCAGAUAAUCACGAAGAACAAAAAGUUUGAUGAAAGACAUGAAACAGACUCAAAGUCAUUGCUGGAGUCCAAUGAAAACAUGAUUCUGAAACUAGCCAAGUUGGCUUUCAAACAACUGUUAAAUGGCAAUGUCCUCUUUUAUGCAACAGACCUGGAUGAGUGUGGAAUCGAUGUCCAAGAAUCAUUCUUAUACUCUGGGAUUUGCACAGAAAUCUUUAAAAUGGAAUCAGAGUUUUACUGUACAAAAGUCUAUUGCUUUGUGCAUUUGAGCUUCCAAGAAUUUUUUGCCGCUCUCUAUGUGUUCUAUUGUUAUCUGCGCAAGGACAUGGGGGAAGUGAAGAUGUUUCUGCCAAAGACCAAGGCUGUGACUUCAGAAAUACCACUGGAUGUGCUAAUGAAACAUGCAGUGGCAGAAGCCUUGAAGAGCAAGAAUGGACAUCUUGAUAUGUUCCUCCGUUUUCUUCACGGCAUGUCACUGGAAUCCAACCAGAGACUCCUGAAAGGUCUACUGCCCUUUACCAAGAGCAGCUCUGAGAGCAUCGAGAAAAUAAAACAAAACCUGAAAUGCGGACAAAAAAGAAACAUCAACCCUGAGCGCUGGCUGAAUCUCUCACACUGCUUAAUAGAAAUGAAGGAUAACACUCUUCAGCAAGAAAUUCAGACUUACCUCGAGUCUAAAAAAAAGUCCAAAAAGCUCACUCUUGCACAGUGUUCGGCAAUGGCUAACAUGUUUCAGGUUUCAGAGAAGGUGAUGGAUGAGUUGGAUCUGAAAAAAUACAACACAACAGAAGAGGGGCGUAGAAGACUAAUCCCAGCUCUAAGGAACUGCAAAAAGGCUAUCCUGGCAGACUGUAACCUUACAGAGAAUUCCUGUGAAAACAUUGCAUCAACUUUACAGACAGCAAAUUCACCAUUGAGAGAGCUGGACCUGAGUAACAAUGACCUACAGGAUGCAGGGUUGAAACUGCUCUAUGAAGGGCUGAAGUGUUCUGAUUGUAACCUAGAGAUACUAAGUGUCUCCAACUGUAAGCUGACCACACUGUCAUGUGAAGAUACUGCUUCAGCUCUAUGUUCAAUAAAUUCAUCCCUGAGAAAACUGGACCUGAGCUUCAAUGACUUGCAGAAGGGAGUAAAUCAACUCUUUAGAGGACUACAGAGCCCAAACUGUAAACUGGACACAUUAAGGAUCUCAGAUUGUAAGCUUACUGUAGAAUGUUGUAAAUACAUUGCCAAAGCUUUAGCAAAGUCACCUUUGAGAGAACUGGAUCUGAGUUGCAAUGACCUGCAAGAUACAGGAAUGAAGAUGCUCUCUGGUGGCCUGAGGAGUUCACAUUGUAAUCUGAAAAUACUUAAACUCUCGGACUGUAAACUCACUCAGCAGUCUUGUACAGAUAUCGCCAAAGUUCUGCAAAAACCAAACUCGUACCUGAGAGAGCUGGAUCUAAGUGAUAACGACCUGCUGGAUUCUGGUGUGAAAGGGCUGUCUGAUGGAUUAAGGAGUUCAGAAUGUGUUCUGGAAAUACUGAGAUUGUCUGGCUGUUGUCUCACAGCAAUGAGCUGCUCUUCACUCAUUUUAGCUCUGGAUUCAAACCCCACAUACCUCACUGAGCUGGAUUUAAGCUACAAUCAUCUAGGACCUUCAGAAUGGGAACAACGUUUAGUAAAGAAGAGGAGUUCAAUCUGUAAACUGGAGACCAUUAAAAUGGACCAAAGUGGAGAGUUGAGAAUAGCACCAGGCCUCAUGAAAUAUGCCUGCAGGCUGACGCUGGAUCCCAACACAGCAAACACACGCCUCUCACUGACCGCUUCUGACACCAGCAUGUCGCUUAUGCCAGAAGGUUCAUGUCCACGUCAAUGUCAAGACUACAGACAGAGAUUUCAGUACGCGACGCAGGUGUUAUGUAGAGAGAGUCUGUCUGGACGUUGUUACUGGGAGGCUGAGUGGCAUCGGGGGGCCUCCAUCGCUGUGGCGUACAAAUCUAUCAGCAAGAAGGGACGCAGAAAUGACUGCCUGUUCGGACGUUCAAAAAAGUCCUGGAGCCUGGAGCUGUCCAUGGAUGAUAAAGAUUGUUCGGUAGUGCACAAUAACAAGGUCAUGGUCAGGCCACAUCCCCAGGGUAACAGAGUAGGAGUGUAUGUGGACUACCCAAUUGGAUUUCUGUCCUUUUACACCAUCUCCUCACACACACACACUCGGACGCACAUACACACUUUCCGCACAACGUUUACUGAACCACUUUUUGCAGGAUUUGGACUCAAGGAUGCUGGUGCCUCUAUCUCUCUCAUCCAUUCUUCAAACUAAAAAAACAAAAAGUGGCAUUUAAUACUUUUGAUAUGAACGGAGGUUAAUGUAACAGGAAUUUAUUUUUAUUUCUAUUUAAGGAUGGCUUGUAAAAUAUUAUAAUUAAAAUACAAUAAUCUCACAAUGUGUGUAAUUUAUAUCUGUGUUGUAAAACAGUGCUGCCUCCUGGUGAAGAGUUAUUAAGCACCAGUCUCUUGAUGUGAUAACCCAAGCUGUCGUUAUGGCACCAUGUUCCAGAUUUUAUUCAAAUGCUAAUUAGAAAAUGCUCAGUUAAAGAUGCAUUGCAGGAAUGUUACCAAAAAUGAUCUGAUAAGUAUCUGAAAGUGUUAGUUAUAUUCUUUAUGAUAGAUGUAGUGCUAGAUCAGGCUUCUCAAUUAGAUAAACCAUUGUUACAUCACAUAUACCACAACAGAACACAUUCGCUAAAGUGUUGCCUUUUAUACUCUGAAUAUAUUUUGAGGAAGUUCUGCAUUUUGAUGUUUCAUAUUUUCAUGGACUUGCAUCACAGCUAUAUUCCUUGUUCUUACCCAUUGUUAUGGAUGACUAAGGGAGUUUGGCCUAUGUGUUACCUCAUAUUUAUACCCCUGUGAAACAGGAAGUCAUGAAGAAUUUCCUGUUCCUAGUCACCCAGGUGUACUAAAAAUUUGUUUUUAAAUAUAAAUGGGAGUACAUUCAAAUAUAUUUUCUCAUAUGAAUUCAUACAGUAGGGGUGCCAAUAAUUGUUGUGCACCUAUAUUUAACAAAGUAAAGUUUUUUGAUAAACCUGUGUUGUGUUUGCAAUUGUUUGAUAUACAUGAGAGCAGGGUAUUUUUGUGAAUUUUUUUUAAACAAGUGACAAUUUUUCACAGCCUUCUUUGCUCAUAUUCACCAAGGGUGCCAAUAUUAGUGGAGGGCACUGUAUCCAUUCACACACUCAUUUGCACCCAGGGGCAGUUUAUCUUAGCUAUUCCAUCUACUUCAUGAUUUUCACAAGUAUGAAAUUGUGAACCGUUUAUUUCAGCAUUAAAGUUUUAAUUUGAAUGCAUUUAAAAAAAGUAUUUGAUUGCUCGAGCAUCUUUUCAGAGAUUUUAAUUGAAACCCAUUUAAACUGUUUAAGUAGAUUGAAUGUGUUACCUACUUCACUUUGAUUUGUAUUGGAUCAUCUUUCUCACAUUUAGUGAUCAUUACAGGUGACUUCAGACAUUUUUCUGUCAUACGUGUACCUUUCAUGAAAAGAUCAUCUUUUUUUAUUUCUAGGAAGAAAAUGUCAUAUCUACCAUGGUUAUGUGUCUAAAGAUGGUAAAAUGAAAUUAAACGGACUUGAGGUAAUAAAAAUGGUCAUGCCAUGACUUUCUUGAA